GGCAGGGCCCGCCUUGCUGAGAGUCUCGACCGGAGCCAGCAGGUGGAGGAACCCGCUCCCGCCGAGGAGUGGCUGCCGUCAUGUCCCUGCCGCAGCUUGGUCGCCUGUGCCUCCUCGCCCGCCCACCACAUGGCGUCCCCAGGCUCGCUGUGCUGCUGCUGCCAUUCUGGGCAGGGGCCCACUGCCCUUGCCAGGAUCCAGCGUUGUGCCAGCCCAUCACCCAGCACCGUGACUUCGAGGUUUUUGUUUUUGAUGUUGGAAAUAAAACUUGGAAAUUUUAUGAUUGGUCACAGAUUACAACUGUGGUGAUUUUUGGAAAAUAUGACCCAGAACUUAUGUGUUAUGCUCAUUCACAUGGAGCCAGAGUAGUGCUAAAAGGAGAUGCACCCUUAAAGGAUAUCACUGAUCCUAUUUUCAGAGCAUCCUGGAUAGCUCAAAAAGUUAAGUUGGCCAAAACACAAUAUAUGGAUGGAAUUAAUAUAGACAUAGAGCAAGAAGCUAAUUGUUUAUCACCGGAAUAUUAUGCAUUAACCACUUUAGUCAAAGAAACCACAGACUCUUUCCAUCGUGAAAUUAAGGGAUCACAGGUAACCUUUGAUGUAACUUGGUCUCCAAAGUGCAAAGACAGGUGCUAUAAUUAUGCUGGAAUUGCAGAUGCUUGUGACUUUCUCUUUGUGAUGUCUUAUGAUGAACAAAGUCAGGUCUUGUCAGAAUGUAUUGCAGCAGCCAAUGCUCCCUAUAAGGAGACAUUAACUGGGUAUGAUGACUACAUCAAGAUAGGCAUUAGCCCUAACAAACUUGUAAUGGGUGUUCCCUGGUAUGGUUAUGAUUAUACCUGUCUAAAUCUAUUAGAGGAUUGUGUUUGUACCAUUCCAAAAGUCCCUUCCUGGAGGGCUUCUUGUGGUAUUACCUCAGGACGUCAGGUGCCCUAUAAAAUAAUUAUGAAGCAAGUAAAUAGUUCUAUUUCUGGAAGCCACUGGGAUAAAGAUCAGCAAGCUUCUUAUUAUAAUUAUAAAGAUUCUUCUGGCCAUUUUCAUCAAGUGUGGUAUGAUAACCCUCAGAGCAUUUCUUUAAAAGCAGCAUACAUACAAAAGCAUGGCUUGCGAGGCAUUGGCAUGUGGCACGCAAAUUGUCUUGACUAUUCUGGAGAUGCUGUGGCCAAACAGCAAACUGAAGAAAUGUGGAAAGUCUUAAAACCAAAGCUGUGACAGAUAAUAGUUUUGUCAAACUAUUAAGAUUUAGAAAAAUGAUCAGUAUAAAUCAGUUUCUUGAAGAGAUAAAAAUGUACACAUUUUUGUCAUGUCAUAUAGUUAUUCUACUUAAAAGCAGAUAAAGAAAUGCUUUGGUUGUCUAAAAACAAAGGUAAGAAAUCAACUUACUAUAUUAUUUUUCUAUGUUUACUAUAAUUAGGAAAAAUUUUCAGAAUUUUAUUAUGCUAAUUUAAAAAAUAUGUAUAAUUUGAAGUGGAAAUUAUUUGCUCAGAGUAGAUUUUUAAAAACCUAGACUAUGAGAAGCCAUUUGCUCUAUACUUUUUGGUCAAUAAAUUUAUUUAGGUUCAUCAA